AUGCAAUACAUCUUCAUUUACCGUGCCGUCUAUGACUGCCUCAAUGAGCUGCUCAAGACUGAGUCGACCAAGGCGGAGCAACUUGCCACUAGCCAGGCCGAGCAACAAGCGCUGCGUGAUGCUGCCGAGGCGGCCGAUCGAGCCAAGCAGGAGGAGGAGGAGCGUGAGCGCGCUGCAAUUGAGGAAGCCCGCAAGGCGCUUGAGCGAGAAGAGCUGGCACGUGGUGAGGCCAGCGCCGCGCAAGCCCGUGCCAUCAUCUCGCUCUCGCUUUCGGAGCGUAAGAGCAUGUUGCAGGCAGCAGAAGAGCAGUGGCUUAUCAAUUACCAGCAAUCCCUGGCUGAGUGGAACGAUCGCAAUCAGUUUGCAGCUGAGCAGUACGACACCACCAGCGAGCUCACGCCGGUCCAAUCCCGCCUCGAGGCCCUGCGCCAAAAGGGUAUGCUCAUCUAA